UAGGUUCUACAGCCUUCUACCAGUUCUACAAAUAGCUUUGUGAAAGGUUCCUCCAAGACCAGCCACAGCUCCUGUGUCUUUACUUCCUUACGGGAAAGGACAAGGGUGUACCUUGCUUUUUGUGGCCUUUUCUGUCAGAUGAGGUUCUUGAGCUGAUAAUGCAGGAAAUUGUCAGAUGGGAAACCAGGUUGCCCAGCAGUUUCAAGUGGACAUUUGUACACUUCUGUAAGAGAAAAUACAUCUCCUGAGCUGACAUACUUCAGAGGAGGUUCUCAGAUCACAACUAGUGGAGCAGAUGCACUGAGAAGAGGCACUUUCAGUGGUGUGUGCUGUAGAUUCAGCAGAUCCAGCCUUCUAUUUCCCAUUCUUCCAAUAUCAUCCGUUACUGACGAAGGCAUUUUGUAUAUUGUCCUUACACAAUUGGCAGAGAGGUCAAAGUAAAGUGAAAUGAAUUGCAUGAAUGGUGCAAACUGUAAUGCAAAUUCUGAAAAAUAAUUCUUUUUGGAUGAUGUUUUGACAUGUUUUUUGAAGGUUACGGUUGUACUAGCUUCUACUCUGUUCAUACCACAAGGUAACAGAUAUCGUGAAUCUGAGUAGACGAGCUACAGUGAGAAGUGUACAAAAACUUACCUUGUUUUGUAUGGCCAACUAUGAAAAUUAUUGUUAAUGAAUAUUAAAAAAAAGGCUGAUAUCACAGCUGAGCCAUCUAUCUGUAAACCAAACAGAAAAUCAAACUUUGACAAAAAGCCUGUGAGAAAUUCUUUAAAUCCCUUCCCCUUUUAUCUCUGCUUCUUUGCCUGGAAACUGAUUCAUGCCUAUUGGAGUUGAAAUUCUGCUGUUCUGUCAGCUAGUCAGCAUCUGAAGGGAGAGCUAUCUGCACAUCUUUGUGCUUGAUACAGCCACAGACCUUCAGACCUGUGCCCACAAGAGAGUGGUGUUGAGCCAUCCAUUUGCAUACCAGGAAAGCUGGGAGCAGGUCGGAUUCCUUGGGCUUGUCCCUGCAGAUGUUGCAGCUCCGGUGGCUGGAGCUGAGGGUGAACAAGAACCACUUCCUGGCUCUGGGCACCAGCACCUUCUGCUGCUCGCCUCCCGGGCCGUAUCCUGCUCCUCCAGGCUCUCGCUGGGCUGCAGCAAUGCUUCCUGUCCGGCUCCACUGGGCAGAGGUGCACAACCGCCUCUCCGCGCCCCUGGAGCCUGAGGACACGGUGCCGGGGGACGAGGUGAGGGUACUGGGCCCCCUCCUGGGCAGUGGAAACCUCGGUCACCUUCGUGCCAGCGUGGGGCCAGGGGACGGCGGUGACAGGGACCUCGCUGUUGGGAACCACGUGGAGCAGGACCUUGCCAAGCAUGACGGGCUGCCUGCCUGGCCCGGGGACGAGGAGGAUGACAGCGGGGAUGACACCUUGGACGGUGAGGAGGGCGAAGGGCCCAGCUAUGGCACUGGGGAUGCUGGAGGACAUGGUGGCAGCAGCAGCAGCAGCAGCAGCAGUGAGAGUGCAAUGGCCCAGCACCGCUACAGCAGGUACCGUGGCAGCUUCAGGCGGGGAGGGGGCAGCAGCAGCAGCCAGGAGGACGAGGAGGAGAGCGCCGGCUUGGGCGGUGAAGGCAUGCAGGGCGACGACCCCUCAGUUUUCGACAAUCUGGGCAGAGGGCGACGUGUCCGGGGGGCCUCUGUCAGCCCCCGGGAGGAUGGGGACAGCCGGUCGCCAGAGGCCGAGGACACUGACUCCACGGAGGACAGCCCCUCAGCCGAGGAGAAGAGCAACUCGCAGGAGGACAGUCAGGCCAGCAGGUCUGGGGAGGAAGAGGACAGCCACGAUGAGGACAGGGAUAGCCCCUCCAGGGAGGCCUCAGAUGAGGAGGCCUCAGAUGAGGAGGCCUCAGAUGAGGAGGCCUCAGAUGAGGAGGCCUCAGAUGAGGAGGCUAACGAGUCCACAGAGUCCGCGGAGGAUGGCUCGGAGGAGGCAGUGAGCGCACCAGAGGGGCGCAGUGGCAGCAGGGAGGAGCGGGCGUCCCCUGAGGACAGGAGCGCACCAUCUGACCUCGACAGCGAGGAAGAGCAGAGCAAGUCCAGGGAGGAGGAGGAGGAGAGUAAGUCCACAGAGGACAGUUUGGAAUCAGAGGAGGAUGGGAACGACUCCAAACCUGAUGAGGAUGCUCCGAGUGCAUCGGCCGAGAGCCACAGCGCAUCCCCAGAGGGCAGUGACGAGGACGACGAGGAUGAAGACAACACAACAGACGAGGACAGCACAUCCACAGAGAGCACCAACAGUGCGUCCCCAGAGGACGAGGAUGAGGAUGAUGAGCAGAGCCGCUCCCAGGAGGACGCCAGCUCUCCGCGCAGCCUGGGCAGCGAGAGCCGCAAGCGGCGGCUGGAUGCCUACCACAGGAAGCCAGCCGCUGACUACGACGACAACGACUGCCAGGAUGGGUACUGACAGCGGCACAUAACUUUUUGGUUGUGUGGACGGGUUGGCUUCCUCCGGGGAAGAUGCUAUGGACAAUAUGAGUGAGGGCUGGCCAUGUGGGGCAGCCACUUGUGGGGGGAUGCUGGACACGGGUAAAACCCAAGUUCUGCAUCGCACGUGGAUGCGUCCCGGCACUCUCCCUAAAACUGCCCACCUGUGCUGCACGGGGAGCUGUGCGUGGAGUGUGUCACACCACGUCAGGAUGAGGUGUAUGUAAUAUUUUGUAAGAAAUGUACAGAAAGCAUUCUAUUGUAUCCUUUUCGUGUCAAUGGCACUUACCUUUUCGAAACUGAAACAUAUCCUGUGUACUUCUUCAUCAACAUUAAAAAAACAUCAGACCCCA